ACCUCCAUAUGCUCUUCCUCCUCUCCAUUUCCUCCCUCUUCCACCACCCAUCUAUCUCCUUGCUGCUACAGCAGAGGCUGCCGCAGAACAGCUAAUGGCCGCAGCCACCGUCUGGCUGCUGCAGCGUCCUUCCCCUGCUCUCCACAACUCCCUCUCCCUCCCAAGCAGCCAACAUCCUUCCUCCUCUGCAUCUCCUCCAUUGCACAAGAAGCCAAAGGAUCUUCUCCUCUGCUGCGCUUCGUCGGGCGCCUCGUCUUCUGUGGUGGCCAAGGAGCAAGAGGAGGCAGCCACUGCUCCUCCGGAAGAAGGAUCUGAGUCUCCACUUCUUAGCUACAAAGAUGACCCCAACUUCAGGGGCUGCAGGGGCUGCGGCAGGGACGAGCUUGAGAGGGGCUGCAAUGGCGAGGGGCGGAUCCAAGGGGGAAUAGCCGCCGUCCCGGGCUUCGGCUGGUGGCCCAUCAAGGCCUACCGGCCAUGCCCCGGCUUCGUCGCCUCCGGCGGCCGCUACCGGCGCCAGGGCCAAAGCAUGGACGACGUCGCAUCCGGCAGGGGAAAGAAAAUCUCCCCGCCCAAAAAGAAGAUGUAAACACAAGUACAUACUUCUUAGUGCUGUAAUUUUUGCUCAGUGACAAAUACGUAAUCCAGCCCAAGGAACUGCAGUCUUGACAAUGGGAGGAAGUAUGCUAUUCAAGGCGACUAAGAAGUUUGGGGUGGCUAUCUGCAAUCUGCAUCAUCUUUGGAAUCUGGGAAAGUUUACUUAGGAAUUGGGAAAGCUCCAAGUAUUCAGAAACAACAAUUUUGGUCUACAUUGUCAGUGCAGUUCCCUUGUUUCCAGUUGUAAUAGCAAGUAGUGCCCUAAUAACUGUUGACGCUGUUCUAUUGUUUUCAAAUGGAAUAGCUUCUUUACAUGUACACAUGAACGUGAUUUGUGAUUGUCCCAAGCACUUUUACUGAACGGCCACAAUGGAUGAUUGUGAUCUAGAAAACUAUUACCAAAACAUGCUUCUUUAGGUCUA